AUCUCAUCAUAGUAAAACCCUUCAAUUAAUCCAGAAAUCGCUAGCUUUCUUAUUUGGAAAAAACAGUCGAAGAAAAAAAAAAAAGAAAACCCUAAUUAGAGGAAUUGGAUCGUGAUCAACCAUCAACUCUCGCUCCAUUUCUUCUUUUACAGGUAAAAUUUUUGGGACAGUGUUAUCAUGGGCGAUUUUUCAAUUCAGAUUAGUCCCGAUCUUGUUAAUAGGCUUGUUAAUGAUGGUGAGAAGUUGAAGAAGAAACCGAGGAGAACUAAACCUAAGAUACCACGAGAAUCUGCCCGUUCUCAAACUAAGGUGAAUGAGAAGCAUGAUCCUGAAGUACACAAAACCGCUCCUUCUCCUGGAUGGCCAGUUCAACCUCCCUUGUUCUUUCCAGUACCUCCACCUGCGCACUCUGCGAACACAGAGUUAGACGCAAUCAAAGCUGUCAUUCAGGAAAGUGAAAAGGUUCUGGAAAAGCUGCAGAAGCAGGAGGAGAGCAUGGUGAAAGAAGUAACAGAAAGAGCCAAGGAUCUUCGCGAUAAGGAAUUCAAGCUUCCAUAUCAGAAGCCUAUGCCCUGUUUAGCUGAUUACGACGCUUGCCGGACAUGCUACAAGGAGAAUGGUAAUGAUAUACUGAAAUGUGCCCCUCUGACUAGGAGCUAUUAUGAUUGUGUUCGUAGAGUUAAACAGCAAGUGAGUUCAGCAGAUAAAUAGACUUUCUUGAAGGGAAAAUUUUCCGCGCCAUAUACAUGAUUGCAGGCUAAUUGCCAGUUUGAGAGAUGAGACAAUUGCAUUUCUGCGGUGCAAAUAAACCAAACACUGAUAUUAUCAUAAGUGUUGUGUAUGCUGUGCUUUCCUGAUGCCAUUUAGGAUUUUGUUUAAUCUUCUACCUCUUUCCAUUUCUGGACCGUGUUUUAGUUGGGUUCCAACAAUUUAACCCUUGGGAGUUUGCGCAGCCUACAACACUUUUAAUUCCUGCACAUUUCUGCUUACAGCUUUGUGCUGUUGAAAUCAGUUCUCUUUGGUAUAGCACAAAAAAUGAAUCACAAGUAUAUGAUACUUUCAUAUUUUAUUGCCA